GAAGUCUCAUUGUUAUGCUAAGUAGGCUCAGGUAGAAGGAGUUGUCGCGCAUGUUUAUCCAUUGACUCAAGAGGCGGCGGAAAAGAGGUGGAGACCGAUCCACCACACCUAGCAGCUUCCCUCUGGAUGUCAUAGUUCUCUACAUUGUCAACAUCUGUUCAUAUUUCGGACGAGGAAGUGAGUCAAAAACUUCUACAUGUAUUGUGGUGAUUGUUGUAUAGGAAAGAAGGCCAUCUUCCAACCCCCACAGCUCAUUGCUUAAAGGUUUAAGUCAGCGAUGCACACUUCAUAGCUAUAAAGACUGAAACAAGAUGGGAAAUACGUCUUCUACAACAACUUACCUUGGUAAAGACCCACCACGCCUGGCGCCACCUAGACCAUUGAGGCCACCCAGGGUUCAACACAGACACAGAGUAGAGCGGCAACCUAGCUAUGCAAGACCUGAGAACAGGGUCCUGCCUUUUGGUCUUCCAGCAGAGAUGCCUCCACUGAGACACGUUUAUAGGCACCAUUCUGUGCCUGAUCUACUGGAGACCAUUGAGGAUACUGAAGAGUAUGAACUGGACAAGGAAAACUAUUAUAGGAAUAUAAACUUGCAAAGGAGUAACUCAUCAAGUGCAAUUUUGUCUGGCAGUCGUCCUGUCAUCAGACAUCAGCGCCAGGACUCGGCACCUUCUGUUCACUUUGAUAUGAAUGCUAAGAUACCAAAGAGAUACAGAAAGAAAUACCAGGCCCCGUUGCCACCAUGUAACACCCCAAACAGUUUGUCUCGGCAGUCAAGCAUGUCACGACAGAAGCGACAAGCACCAGCACCACCAUCAAGUGGUGCAUCAUCUCCUAGGGGAGAAGUGAAAGCAGCACCACCACCUCCACCUCCACCCCCACCAGCAGUUGCAGCCUCUGCAAAGCAGGAAAAGCCUGCUGUCCAUGGUCCCCCACCAGCAAGGAGCCUCAGCGCACCUGCUUCUACCAAAAUGAAUGGAUCAAAUAAUUCAAACAGAUCAGCUUUGCUAGAUGACAUUAAAAAGGCAGCAGAUCAAAGAAAUGGCCGACCCCCAGUUAUCAGACCUCCCAUUGACAAACCAAAGACUCCACUGGAAAUCUUUCAGGAAGAGCUUUCAAAUGCCUUUUCUAGCAGAGAAGAUCGGCGUGAGAAAGGGGAACUGAAUGUUAAGGUUCCAGACAGGACAUCAAUUAUCAAUGGGAGAAAGGUUACCACAAACAUCAAUAGUGCUCCUGAAAAAACUGAGAAAUCUAGAGAAGUUAUUACCCAUGAGCCACAAAUUAUAGACCAAUCAGACUGGACACCAGAACAAGACUUGGAUGGUGAAUUAGACGAUUCUUUGAGAACACAUGUCAAACAUGGAAGUGUUGAUCACAGUGUGUUCAAGUCCAGUGGUGCACCAUCAUCCACACCAUCAAAGAUAAAUAAGAAAAAUGACAAUAAAAUGGAGAAAUUUGGCAGCCUAAAGCGCUUUAAAAAAUCUAUGCAAAACGUUGUAGGGUCGAUAGGUCGAGCAGCCGGCAAACUCCAGGGUAGAAAGUCUGUGCAAUCAAUUUUCAGUUCUCAAGAGGGUUACUCUGUCAGCACCUUUGAAGAAAAUGCUGACUCUUAUAAGGUAACAGAUGAUGAGGGUCGGGUGUGGAAGUUGACCCAAAUAGACUUGGAUUCAGAGACCUCAGAAAAAUCUAUGCAACCUAAGGAGAGCACAACUCACUAUUCAAGCAAUGGGGAGUUUAUACUGACAAAUGGCCAGCUUCCAAAACAGGACCAACUAGGAGCUUCCCUCAGACAACAAGAACUAGACAGAUUACAGAAAAUUGAGAGAGAACUUGAAGAGCUUAAAGCUCGUGAACAGAACAAGCAUGCAGGGUUUUCUGAAUAUGAUGAUUCUCAUCGUUAUCCACAUGGAAAUGCAGUUAAUAUCAAACCUUCCAGGCAGAUGAUCCCUGAAAAGCAUAUCCCCCCACCAACAGAAACAUACAUUACCAGCCUGCCUAAAAGCAAUCAGAUGAACAAAUGGAUGCGGCGACACACUACACAUUUUGAUGACUAUGACAGUGAAGGUGAGGACAUGGAAGAACCAUACUAUGGAAACAGACCAACCUACAAGUCACCUGAAAGAACUGGUAGAGUGAGAUCCAGGCAAAGGCGUGGAGUCACUGCCUACGAGGAGGCCCAGAUGCACUUAAAGCGACCUCAGCAUUUCCGUGAGCAUCGCCAUCAUAGUAAUCCUCUAUUUCAAGACACUAGUGAUGAAGAGGGCAUGCACACCAUGCCAGUUGUCAAUAAAAAUAGAGGCCACCAGGUUCCAAAGCUCAUUUCUCAUGGUUCGUUUAAUGCCAGCACAUCUUCUAAUGACACAACUCCUCCUCUGGGUGAGCGUACACGUAUGGCAACAGGGGCAAUUUCUGAUUAUGGAGAACCAGAUGGGCAGUCCUCUAAUGGUAACAACACACCCACGUCAAUGGACAGAAAAGUCAUGCUUGAUACCCACCAGUGUCUUGAUAGCCCAAGAGAAAAGGAUGUCACUGCAAUAGAUUUGAAAAAUCCCAAUGUUCAAGUAAUCCAGGUCCCAGUUGAAGUUCAUGCAGUGUCCUCUGCCAGUACUCUUCCCAAUGGAAAUGCCAUGGGCAUGACAGGGAUGCCAGUAAUGAAUGGGGUAAUACCUGGCUUGCAUACAGGGCUGAUGUACAACCCUCAUCUUGCACCAAUGCACAUCACCAAUGGUCACCACCAGGGGCUUCUCCAACCACAGAUGGCCACCUUGAAUAAUGGUGUCCUCCCAACAACCAUGUAUCCAAAUGGUGUACUGAACACCUCCAUUGGUGCUGUUCCCCCUCCAGCACCAUUUACUAUCAACUCAUUUAAUCUGAAUGGUGGAAUACCUCCUCUGGUUCCUCAUAAUGGACUUCUGGCCAAUCAGAUGCCUCCACACAUGCAGUAUGGCACCGGGAUAUCUCAGCCAGCAGGGUAUAUACCUAAUAAUGUGGUUAACAACACAAACCAAAAUGCUGGGUUAGUUAUUCCCGAUGUUAGACCAGCAGUUCCUGGAAGUGGGGACACUGGACUGACUGUCACCAACUCCAUUUCGAACAAGCCAGACAGUUCCAGUGUUAUCAAAUCAAAAGCACCUGGAAAACCAGACAACGAACCCUCUACACCAAUUACUAGUCCAAAUGAGCAAGCAUCAUCUGAAGCUAAUACCAAUGGGGUUACUUCAGGAGUGGAAAAAGAAACCCCAACAAGUGUUACUGCAGGCAAUCCACCAGAGAGUAAACCAGUCACGUUCAGUGAAAAGGCAGCUGCCCUCCUGAAGCAGGUGCCAUCUAAAAGUAAUAUCCAGGAUGGGGACUCCCCACUCCCUGCUGCAGACCCUACAAAACUGGCUGGUACUUCCACAUCUUCCAGUCUACCUGCCAGUAAAUCAAAUGGUGUGGGGCCAAACUUUUCAUUGAUGGCCCCACAGAAGUUCAAGCCGGCCUCUCAGCAGUCUGUCUGCCAGCCCCUGACCGUUACAAAUUCUGAAGGAGAGAUGAUUACAAGAUUCUGAAGCACGAAAACAUGGAAUGAAGAUAAACUAUUAGGUAACUUAUGACAACACAUGAUAGGUCACAUGACAGAUGGUGCAGCCUUCUAGACAUGAACACCCAUGACAAACCAGACAUGAAGGAAGCAUUGCUCUACCAACGUCAGAUGUACCUUUUCCCUGGAGGGCACCCAUGUGGAGAUCUACAUACUGAAAUAUGUCUUCCUUUUCCUAUUUAGCCUUUGGACAUUGAAUGUAAAGAGAGAUGGCUUUAGUUCCCUGGUUCUAGUUACAUGUACAUAAGAAAAAGAUGUGGUUCAGGGUACAUUUUGUAAUGGGUUGAUCUCAAACCUUUUUCAUUUGGGAUGUUUUAAAUUUGUAAUUUUAAACAACACUGAAAGGAAUAGUAACUAUAAAAAUUGCAAUUAUUAUUAUUUUUAUUAUUAUCAUCAUCCAAUAUACAUAUAUAACAAAUAUUCAAUUAUUUGCAAAGAUCAUGAGUCAUAGUUUAAUAAAAGCCAAUAUAUAUAUAUGAAGAAAUAAUAAAUGAAACUUAUAACUGAAAGAGUUCUACAGAUGUCACAGUGCUGUAUGAAUAUUGCCAAUUCUUUAUAAGAUAUGACAACAAAACUUGGAGAAAUAAUGGGAACAUUAUUUUUAACAUAAAAACUGUAAACAAUUGGCAGAAUUACAAGAAAAAAACCUGGUAAAAAUAAACAAUUUAACAAUACUUGAAAGGGGAUAAAUCACUAGGUGUGCAUGCAUUCCAAUGAGAAAUUCCUCAUUUUUCGAAACCUGGUUUCCAAUUCUUGUCAGUAUCUGAACAUCUUAGAAUCUGAGGCAUUGUGCCAGGCUCAUAGCCUGCUGGACAGAACUAUUCACCUGGCAAGGUAUUUGGUCUUCAAUAUUGAGGCCAGAUUGGAAUAAUCAAAAACAAACAAUGCUCCAACAUUACAUUUUUAGAAUUAUAUAGUCAAAAGGUACGGGAGAAUAUAAAGUGAUCUAUUAUUUUUAUAUGAAAUAUCUUAUCAAAGCUAUACUCAGUGCAUUAAAUCAAAACAUUCUAAUAUUUGCACAAAUGUAUGUAGUAAACUGUCAACCACUGCAUUUUGUAACAUCAUCACUUUUCUAUUUCUGCUGUUAUCACAGUCUGUAGUGUUAAAUAAGACAGAGGGCAGUAUAUGGAUGUUCUCAUUGAAUGAUAUCUCUUUACCCAUGUAAUAUCAUAUUAAUCAAUAAUUUCAUGGUACUUGAACUAUAUUGAAGUGUUUGUACAUAGCCAUGUGACUUUAAUUCACAACUGAUUUUCCUGCUCUCAGUCAUUAUAAUUACCAACAUGAAAGAGAUAUCUGUUGAUCACCAACAUGAAAGAGAUAUCUGUUGAUCACAAUGCUCAUUGUUUAUAUCAUAUUCAUAACUUUCUUUGCAGGUGCCUGUACACAUCAAGUUUCAAUAACGGAAAUAAAGGGUUUUUAUAUCGAAAAAUG